AUGACGAUGGCUGCUAAUUCGGAAGUUGAAAUAGUGAUGAAUGCUUCACGUAAAGUCAUUAAUAAUAUCGAAAAGUAUGGAUAUAGCCCCGUAACGGAGAAGCACAGCAAUGGUUCACUGAAAGAUUCAGUUGUAAAUGCAGACAACAAUGAUGCUGUUAUUGAAAGAUCUGCUCUGGAAGAACUUGUUUGCGUUUCCAAUGGAAAUGACUUGAACAAUGCCAAGAAAAUGGAAAAGAGUGCUGGGCGAGUAUCUAAUACCGAUAGUGAUGUCAGUCGGAUUCUUCAACAGUUAGAGCAGUUGAUCCAAUUUGAUGACUGGGUCGACAAAGAAGUAAAAGAUCAUGGAGAAAGCUCGCAAUCUUCAGAAUUUCCCAAAAAGGGUCAUCUUGUUAAUUUACAUUUAUCGGAAUUGGGACGCACUUUGGUUAUCAGUUCAUCCAUUAAAAGUUACAUUAGUCUGCUUGAAACUAAUCACAGACAAUCUAUUGCUUCAUUAGUUUAUCGUAAGACAUCGCAAGCACUUAGCACCCUCUUUCGUACACCCAACAACAAUUUGCAUUGCUCCGAGUACGAUUCCUCAUUCUCAAAUUCGUUGAAAACAGAAAUCGGUUAUGCGAUUCGUCUUGCAUUGUAUGAUACAUAUGGUUCCAAUUAUUGCUCAAAAGGAUGGCGCGUUUUUUUUAACGUGGGCCCACCAGUGGUGUAUAUUUCACCUGCUUUGCAAAUCGAUCUUACUUCAUACCUGUCCACUGAAUACUUAAUUGGAGAUAUUGUCAUUUUGAAUGCAGACGUUGAAGGCCGAAUUGAUCACAUCGCAUUUGAAAAACAGCUUGAUGAUGAUAUUGGCGCUGGAAAGAAACCGCUGAUGGUGAUUGGAGUUGUUGGAUCGUCAAUGUUCGGGCAGAAUGAUAUCAUAAGUCGUCUUUUGGAAAUAAGGAAGUGCAAGACUCAAUUCUGGAUACAUGUCGUUGGACUGGGUUUGGCUGCACUCUGUUUGAAGGAACCAUCCGAAAUGUUGGUAGACGUGUUAUCACAAGUAGACAGUUUCACGGUUCCACUUGGGUUAUGGCUUGGUAUACCGGCAACGCACACUAUUACAUUGUAUCGAUCUAUUGGUAACUACAAGCCGUUAUAUCAUGAAAAACUGGCUGCACUACCAUGGUGGAUCGCAUACCAUCAUUUUACAGCUUCAAAGAUUACUGACAUUAUCGAGAACGCAUACUUCUUGAGCAAAAUAAUGCUUCGAAGUCUGGCAGCUUUUCCGCAGAUCGAAAUUAUUGGUAUUGAAAAUCCCAUCGAAUUUGCAAAUCUCAUUGACAAAGGCAUUCAUACACCUCCCAUUGUUCUGGUCUUUAAGUACAGGUGCCCAGACUUGAAAGUGGUUAAAAAAAAAAAGAUUCCGAUAGCUAUUGAUGAAAAUUCUUCCGAAACUGUGACAAACGACUAUGUAAAUUCGAACGAUAUGAAUGACAAAUUUAUCAACGAUUCUUUUGCGAUGUCUGAUGACGAUAUCCUUCUAAAAGAAUAUACUGAAUCAUUGAAUUCUUGGCUCAGUCAGGGACCGAUAUCAGAUUGCCGUCAACUUGCACUACAGACAGUAACUGUUGGUAAUUCGCAUGCCACUGCAUUCCGUUUCUGCCCGCUAGAAACCUCUGCCAUGAACUGUAUUCAUGUGGACCAUGUGCAUAAGUUUAUCAAACAACUCUCCGAUGCGCUGGCAAUAAUUGAAUCGACUUUUACUGCCAAAAAACGUUUCAGUGAGACCGUGUUGAAAUAUCCAUCAUUGGGGCUAAUACCAGUUCGUAAAUGGGCUGGUGUUGGAGCUGUCUGUUAUAUACCUUCCAUUGUGAGCGAAAUUCCAAUGAAUGAAUGGACUGAAAAGCAGCGUCAGCAGGUGUCUCAUUUGAAUCUUGAAUUGGUACAUUCUUUGCGAUUCGCAGAUAUAGCAUUCUCUGCUGGCGAAAGUCCUUUAUAUGGUAUUUCAUGUGUUAAAUUUGGUAUGCUUUCUAAUGAUAAAGAUCUGACGCGUCUGAUCAAUUUGAUUGUUAAGCAUGGAAAAGAAAUCGAACAAUCACAGAAGUACAUGGACAAUUUGGCUGAAAUGAUACGUCGGGGAAUCGAGGCAGCAAAUAAAGACUUAAAACGCGAGAAUGAUGAGCGACUUAUGCAAGAAGGUAUGAUGAGGCAGAUUCCACUGAUGGGUUCAUUGGUUAAUUGGUUUUCACCACUGAACAAGGAUUUGCAGAGUGUUAAGGGUCGUUCCUUUGACUUAAAAACUGGACAAAUUCAACCGACGGAAGUCUGUAAACACCAAUUUGUGGUCCGGCCGGACGCCACUUCUCAGGAUCCUCAUCAUACGGUUGCAGAGAUUUCCAGCGAAUCAACAAAAAAGCAAAAUGCUGUUAAUUCCAAUCGGGAUGGUACUCAGGAUGAUGUCGCCGCAUUGGGAAAUGUAAAGGAAAAUGACUUUGGAUCGAACGAAGGUAUGUAA